CAUUGCCAUAGUUACUAUGGGGCUUCAGGGGUAGCUAGGCCUCUUUGCCAUAGUUACUAUGGGGCUUUAGGCCUAGGUGGGCCUCUUUGCCAUGGUUACUGUGGGGUUUCAGGCCCAGGUAGGCCUCGUUGCCAUGGUUACUGUGAGGCCUAGCACCUCUGAGGCCCAUGGCAGCCCCGUGCCCUCACAGGCUUGGCAUCAUCUAUGGGCCCAGGGAAUGAGCAAUGGAGACCAGGAGGCCCCGCAGCAGCUCCCACCACUGCCCCACAUCCUGCUGUGGUGUGAGGAGGGCUGGAGGAUUCAGCCACAUCAUGGUGUCCUCGCUGCCCACACAACACACAGGGCAGGGGGACCCCAGACGGUGCCAUGCUGCUUCCCACCUGCCCCCCCGGGCCAGGCCAGCCCCGUGACGGCGCUGCAUUGCCCCUGGAAAAUGCCAGAAGCGUCAAACUGUUGAGUCAUUCACUCCCAAGAUUAUCUGUACAAACAGCCGUUCCCGAUUAUUUUUGUUAUGAUCUUUUUAUUUUCCUUUUCUUUUUUUUUACCCCCCAACCAAGAAUGUAGCCCGGACCAUGGGGAUGAGCUGCUGAAAUCUCCGGGGAUCAGCAGGACAAUGCCAGUGGGAGCAUUGUGCUGACUGCUCUGCAAACGCUGGCACCGGCUCCGGGCCAGCAGCACCCUAUAAAAGCUGAGCCGCUGAAGUAGGCAGACAUGACAUGGGCGAAGCAGCUGUACCGCCUGAGCUAGACACCUUUCCAGCAGCAAAGAUGGCUCAGACAAACCCUCUGCCUGUCCCCAUGGGCCCAUGGAAGAACGUUCGGAGCAGAGGCCGGGAGAACCGCCAGCCACAGCCCUGCCACCUGCCCGUCCCAGAAGGGCUCCACUCCUCUCUCCGGACGGUGCUGCUGCCCCAGGAACUGACCUUAGGGAUCACCGUGUACGACCAAGAAAACUUCCAGGGCAAGAGGAUGGAGUUCACCUCCGCCUGUCCAAACAUCAUGGAGUGUGGGUUUGACAACAUCCGCUCCCUAAAGGUGGAAUGUGGCGCCUGGGUUGGUUAUGAGCACACCGGCUUCUGUGGGCAGCAGUUCAUCCUGGAGAGGGGCGAGUACCCGCGCUGGGACGCCUGGAGCGGCAGCAAUGCCUACCACAUCGAGCGCCUCAUGUCCUUCCGCCCCGUCUGCUCUGCUAAUCACAAGGAAUCCAAGAUCACUGUCUACGAGAAAGACAACUUCAUCGGCCGCCAGUGGGAGAUCAGCGACGACUACCCCUCGCUGCAGGCCAUGGGCUGGGCCAACAACGAAGUGGGCUCCAUGAAGAUCCCCUGCGGCGCCUGGGUUUGCUACCAGUAUCCCGGGUACCGUGGCUACCAGUACGUCCUGGAGGCCGACCACCACGGGGGAGACUACAAGCACUGGAGAGAGUGGGGCUCGCACGCCCAGACCUCCCAGAUCCAGUCUAUCAGGCGCAUCCAGCAGUAGCUGCCCGGUGCCUGGCCCCACUUCUGAGCACAUCUUUGCAAGGUUUCUAAAGCUCACUGGCUCCCUUUUGGUGCUAAUAAUCCCCUCCUGAAAUAACAACCCCUUCUUGUACUGCAACUGCUUGAUGGAACAACACUUCCAAACGGUACCAGCUGCCACAACUGCCAAUAAAUAAAUAAAUGUGACUGAAAGAAAAAGAUAAAA